UCAUUGUGAUCAACCUUGCUCUGUACGUGACGGUGCUGUGUAUCCUGAGGCACAAGGUCACCAUGCGGAGCAUGGAACUACCAAACAUCAACACCAGGAUGCUGGCGUUUAAAGCCGUGGGGCAGGUGUUUGUCCUGGGCUGUACCUGGAUCCUGGGAGCGUUUCACUUCCAGAAGGGAACGGUGGUCAUGGCUUAUUUAUUCACCAUCGUCAACAGCUUCCAGGGCGUCUUUAUCUUCAUCUUCCUGUGUCUGUUAAAACCAGAGGUCAGGGUUGAGUUGCAGAGAUGCUGUGCCACAACCAGACGGAGAUAGAAGGAACCGAAUUAAUGAAAAAUUGGAGUCCUCAGGGCUGUGCUGGUGUGAGAUCAGGAACUCAUCUCAAUCCAAAGUGUGUUCCCUGAAAUUCACCAUCCCUCCUCAUCCACUUUCAGCCGAACACAACCACUUUCACCCGGAACUCUGAAUUCUUCACACUGAGGAAGAUGGACAUCACUG